CAAAUUUAGGUUCUAUCGCGAUUUGUGCCUUCUAAUUCAAAUUUUACUUGUGCUGGAUUGAAUUAAUUUAAUACGCGCGCGAUUGAGCACGAUAGAUCGAUAUUGCCGGGUGUGUACGGGCGCGCACAAGAGUGUUUAAAUCACGCAUCGAUUUGCUGCUUCUCAUCCCUUCCGCUCGUGGUGCUUGUUUUCUAAUCUCACCGAAAGCACGACGAUUAAACGACGGGUCGCAGAUAACGCGGAGACGCGAUCGCGCCGCGGUAACACACGCGAUAUUUCCAAAAUAGCUGAGACGGUAGCCGCGUCACGCCGGUGAGAGAGAGAGAGAGAGAGAGAGAGAGCGAGCGGCACGAAGUAAGGCGCGAAGUACGGCUCAACCCCCUGCGCGUGUGAAGCGCCGAGCGCAUCAGCCGGACGCGCGUUUGCGCCUAACUUCAGGCGUAACCGCGGCGCGCGCCAGCGGGCGCUAUGAUUCGCGAUUCGCGUUGACGAACGGUUCCGGUCUUGAACGAUAUCCGAGAUAUCCGCGCGACCUUUAUAUCGAUCUUUAUCAGCCUUGAUAGUUGAUGGUGCAACGGGGCAAGUGGUGGGGGCAAUCCCGACCUUGACAUGGAGGGCCACGACGUCCAUGAACUGGUGGUUGUCAAGGACAGCGUGAUCGUCAGGGGCGGACAUCCGCCGCUUUGUUCCUCCUCGAACGGUGACGCAGAUAUGGGCAUGGGAGCAGGUGCAGCGGGUGGUCCUGUCCUGGCUCUUCCCGGUCCAGGAGUCAAUGCCGCCCUUUCACAAACAUGCGCCAUAUGUAGCGAUCGCGCCACGGGGAAGCAUUAUGGCGCUGCAUCUUGCGAUGGCUGUAAGGGUUUCUUCCGCCGAUCUGUCAGAAAAAAUCAUCAGUACACAUGCAGAUUUCAAAGGAAGUGUCCGAUUGACAGGGAUAAGCGAAAUCAAUGCAGGUACUGUCGAUUACGGAAAUGCUUCAGAGCCGGCAUGAAGAAAGAGGCCGUACAAAACGAAAGGGACCGGAUAAGUUGUCGACGACCUAGCAACGAAGAUCCGCCUGAUAAGAAUAAGGGCCCGUCGAAAGAGGACGUAGUGAAGGCGGAUGCACGCGCCGAAAUGCUCAGCAAGCAUGUUGGCGGGUUAGAGCUUCAGCAGCCAGACAGUCCGAACGGCGAAAUUGAUCUCAGCACGAAACGAAUAGCUGGGAUAAACGACGUGUGCGAUAGCAUGAGGGAACAACUAUUGAUCCUGAUCGAGUGGGCCAAGUGCUUCGACGAAUUCAAAGCGCUGUCAUUAGAUGACCAAGUAGCGUUGCUGAGGGCCCACGCGGGCGAGCACCUGUUGCUGGGGGUGGCUAGGCGUAGUAGGAACUUUACGGACGUGCUACUACUCGGCAACGAUUGCAUCAUUAUGAGGAAUUGUCCUGUAAUAUCGUUGCAAUUUGUAGAAGGAAGCAACCAGCAGGACAACCUGGACAUCAGUAAGGUGGGCAUCAGGGUGAUGGACGAGCUGGUGAAACCGUUUCAGAAGAUCAAGAUCGACGACACGGAGUUCGCUUUUCUCAAAGCCAUUGUGUUCUUUGAUCCGAACGCGAAAGGAUUGAGUGAUCAGAAGACAGUUCGAGAGCUGCGCCACAACAUUCAGAUAAAGCUCGAGAAUCACAUCAGCGAUCACCGCUGCGAUUUACCAGGUCACUUCGGCGAUAUUUUAUUGAUGUUACCAGCUCUGCAAUCGAUCUCAUGGCAGAUGGUCGAGCAGAUCCAGUUCGUCAGGCUGUUCGGGGUAGCACAUAUCGAUAAUCUACUUCAGGAAAUAUUCCUGGGCGGUACCACGUCGGAGAUGAACGGCACUGCUACCCCUUUACCGAUCUCGAACACCGCGUCGGGCAGUUACAUGAGCAGCAACGAGAGUCCCAGCAGCCCCUUGACGCCGGCGAACACUGGUGACUUGAGCCCGCAAACCGAUCAGAUGCCUGUCAUGAUUCUGAGGGAUCUCACGCCGAACCAGGACUUCAGAUACUUUAAGCAGGAGCCCAGCCUCGAGCCCGAGACCAGCUUCUGACUAGUUUGGUAACUGAGCUCACCGUUGGAUAGCCAACGACGUUCUGCUCAAAAAUUGUUGCUCAAUUAACAAAACAGCUCGUAUUAUGUUAGUCGAAUCAAAUGUGAUUGUUGAUCCGAAAAAUAAGAUGAAGUGAAAGAGACGAAAGAUCGAUAUAUGUUGUGCAACAUGUGAGAGGAUUUAGCGCGAAAAUAUCCAGAUUUAUAUGAUUGUAAUUUAACGGCGCGGCAGUGAUCACAUUUUCUAGUUGUGGUUCACGAUUGGCCAAAGCCUGCUCACUUGUAUAGAUAACGAUUGAUCGCUAAUCAAGAUGAAUGUGAUAAUUGGAUAAGCGAUAAAAUCGUGUCUUGCCACUAUUUUACUUGCUAUUACCACUGUCGCGACAGUAUUCGGAUCAUUUCUAAAAGGCCAGAAAACGAGGAUAAUACGUGUACUGCAAUAAUAAUCGUGCAGUUGACAAUAAUAAUCCCUAGGUAGCAUUGAACAUUUCCAAUCAGCCAAGUAUGCUGAAACAGCUUUAUCAAAGUAUCAAAUUUUGUCAGCCGAAAGAUUACAAACCUGAUGUAGAAUUAUAUGUUACAUCAGAUGCUCGCGUUGUGCGACAUCAAAAUGCCACAAAAAAAUGUAAUUGUAAUAUUGCUGAAAUGUUCCAUGCUAUCUCGAUCAUUAGCAACUAAUUUGGAGCAGGGAUUGAAACCGAUGCAAUUGAGAUGGGUUUCUGUUUGCAAAAAGUAUGCAAAAGGAAGGAUUCCUUGCUUUAUCAUAAUUGAUAUAGCUUUUUUAUUAUGUAACUAAUAUUAAUAAGGAUCGAUUUUCUGUGUUUUACGAUGUCGAAACUCGUAUUCACCGAAAUAAGGUCGGUUUCGAACCCUGAUUUAGAGAAUAGAAAAUAAGGUCAUAUCCGAUUAUUAUAUUUUUAUACAUAGAAUUAAGUUUGCAAAUCGAGUUAAGUAGACGGAAAUAAUAGGAAACAUCAAGCAUUGACGUAAUGAGAAAAAAUAAUAUUUUUUUUUCUACUAUUCUGUUCAGUUCGAAUUGGAUGAACAGCGUUGUAAUUCGUGAUGUAAUGUAAAUAGCAUGAUGCAGCAACGUAUAAUAAUAUGUAUAACAUUCCAAGUAUAGAGAUAUCGAAGCAAACGUUAUAGAUAGUCUUAAAAUAGUUGAUGGGACGCGCUAACGUAAUCAUCGAAUGCGGGUCCCCUGCAAAAUGAAAAGUGCGCCAUUGCAAUGCAAUUUAUCGUUAGUAGCAGUAGUGAUGAGGAGUGUACAGAUGUCGGCCAUUUUGUGUGUGCAAAUGUCGAGCGGUAAGCCGGCACGACGGCCUAAUAAAAAAAAUGGCUAGUGCAUCUUGGGUAUCUU